UAAAGUCUCUUAUUUUAUUCCCUAGUCAAACUAACUUCACUCUCACUUCAACACAUACACAUAAUACAAAGAUAACAACCACACAAACCACCUAUCAAACCCCUUCACACCAAUUCCAAACCUUUCUUCAAAACUCUCCCACCCUUUUCCUCAUUCUCCACAAUGCAAUCCCAAUCCAACUCACCCAUCACACCAAAACCAAUGACCUCCCUCACUCAAAUCUUCCAAAACAUUUUCUCAGAUAACAGCAACAUCAUGCUUGCUGCCAUCAUUUCUUUACUACUAGUCAUCCUCUUUGUCCUCCUUCUCCAUCUCUAUGCCAAAUGGUUCCUUGCUCAAGCACAUUCUCAAGCUCAAGCUCGCCGCCGCCGUCGCCGGAGAACAACUGUAACUGUCUCUGAUGUCCUUGGCCCUGCCAGGUUCCAUCACUUCCAUACCUUCAACAUUGAAGACUCACCUCUUUCCAGUUCACACACUAAAGGUCUUGACUCUUCCAUCAUUGCUUCUAUUCCUUUGUUUGUUUACACACAAAAGAAUGAAAGUGAACAAGAGGAGAAACUCGAGUGUGUGAUUUGUUUGAGUGGCUUUGAGAACGGUGAAAUGGGAAGGUGUUUGCAGAAAUGUGGACAUGGUUUUCAUGUGGAGUGUAUUGAUAUGUGGUUGAGUUCGCAUUCUAAUUGUCCUAUUUGUAGAGGUUCAAUUGUUGUUUUGGAGAAGGAUGAUUCUUCAGGUGUUGUUGAUGAUUCUUGUUCUGUUGAAAUUGUGAUUGAGGGAAGUUCCACCUCUGAGAUUAGAGAGAGUGAACAAGGGAAUGAUAAUAUUGAUAAUGGAAUUGGAAGGGUAAGUGAUUCUGUUUCAGAUCAAACUUCUUCUUCGUUGUUUGGUUGUUCUUUGAAGACAGUUUUCAACAAAGUUUUCACAUCUUCCAAUGUUAAUGUUGUUGAAUCACAAUCUUGAGAUAUCACAUACAUGAUCUUGUCACUAUUCAACAUCUAUAAAUUUUGUGUAUAUUACUAAGAAUAUUCCAAUGUUAUUUGUUUUACUAAGUCUAAAUUCAACUAUGAAGUACACAUAAUUAAAAGUUACUUA